AUAUAUAUAAAUGUAAUGAAGAUGUGAUACCGAGCGCAACCAACGAUUUAUUCAAACUGACUAAAUAAGCAACUGAAUGCGUGUAAAUUUGCCAAAGAUUUGCUAUUUAAGGGUUCUUAUCAUGCUUGUGAUAACUGACAGAUACGGAUUCCAUUUAAAAGGCCGCUUGUAAAUAACGCCCAUUUAAACAAACUGUAUUUAAAAUUAUGAUUACGCCGUUUUGAACAAUAGGGGCUCAUUUGUAAAACCAUUUGUGAAUAGAGGAAAAUGUUCUGAACUAAUAUUUACUUUCAAUGACAUCUUUUAAACGUUCAGAAAUAGGAUAUUGUCAUACUGGUUACAAAUGGAUUGCUAAAUGGCUGAACUAGCACAAUAAUAACUCAUAAUUUAACUAGUAAUUAGACAAUCCUGGUUUAUGUAUUGUGAGGAAAUUAUGCCUAUUGAUUUUGACAACACAAUGGAGGAUAAUACAAAAAUGGAACGCCGAAACUUUCGCCGGACAUUCUUUAUUGUUUCCGGUGAAACAUGGCGCUCGAAAAUGGAAGAAUUAUAGACAGUUUUAUAACUAGAGAACAAAUAGAUUUUACGUGUCAAGAUAUAGUGGCAGAAGACACUAACAGUCUAGACGAUCUUAGCAUGGAAAAGCAUCAAUGUCAACAGAGACUUUAUAUCAUAAACAGAUCUGGUUCAGGAGAAGCUCAAUAUGUAUUAUUGAACCAAAAGCGGACAGAUAUAGACUCCUAUGGAGUUCGAUACGAGACUUGGCGACUGACAAAGAACGUCGCAGACUUUGGGGUAGCAGUCAUUGAAAAUGUAUUAUACGUUAUCGGUGGAUAUGACAAAAUCAAUUGCAGACAUUUACACAGAGUUGUAAAGUACGAUCCGUACGAUUUUUCUUGGAGAGAGUGCUCGCCCUUACUCAAAGCUCGUGCCAAAUUCGGUGUCUGUGUUCUGGAAGGGAAAAUAUAUGUAUGCGGUGGAGAACGAAGCGAUGGUAGAGUGUCGUGUUCAAGUGAAGUGUACGAUCCAGCAUUAGACCAAUGGUCAGAAGCCGGGCUCAUGGUUGCGCCAAGGAAGAACCAUUGUUGUGCAGUAUAUGAAUCAGAUAUGUAUUGUGCAGGAGGCGAUUUUGGUACAAGGAGUCAUGACAAUUUUUGGGUGUAUGAAAACGAGCAUUGGGAAGAGCUUGAUACAGACUAUCCUCUCACUAUGCCAAGAUGUAUAGAUAGAUAUGCCAUGUGUGUUGUAGGACAUAAAAUAUAUUUUAUUGGAGGUGUUUCUUGCCGGGUAUCUGACACCAGCGAGAGUAAGUUCACGACGGAGCGGGGCAUUUUCUCAUACACCCAUAACGUAUCAGCUGCAAAUAAACGCCAAAAAUCUCAAAUCCAUGGUCUUCAGUCAGAUAUUAUCUCCCCUUGGUCAACAAGAUACCCAAGUAUGGUUCGACCGAGGCUAAGUUGUGGUGCUCAAGUAGUUGGUAAGAAAAUUUAUGUAUUUGGUGGAUGUCAUUUAGACACUGGACAGGACGUACGGGUAUGUGAAUGUUUUAACACAGAAAAGGGAACUUGGGAAGAUGAAUUUCAUUUUAGAAAAGGUGACUUGUCUAGUGUAGUUACAGCGGUGCUAGAAGUUCCUCGGCGUCACGAUGAAGAAAAAAUUAAAUACUACCUCAAGUGGGUUAUGUGGUAGCGAAUAGCAACACAUACAUAUGAAAUCACACACCUGAUUUUCUAAAGACUAUUGUUUCGAGAUGGUCCAAGAUUUAACUGAAACAAGUUUUUUACUAACGCAUUGUUGAUAUGAAAAAUCACUAGUAUAUCAAACAGCAAUUUUAGCGUAUACCACGUAACCAUUUGACAACAAAUGAUAAUUGUACCCAAAUAACCUGUAACUUCGGAAGAAUAUUCCUAAAAAUAAACUUGUUAUUAAGGUUCUACCGGUAUUAUAGUCUAAAUAUACAGUUUCUUUGUAUUUGUCCCGUGUUACAGUGUUAACUUUCUUUGUCUGGAAUAGGGAGAUUAUUUUUGUUUCAAAUAUUGGAAAAUAGUAUGCCUUUAGUGCUGGAUUAAUGACAGUUUAACCGCUGAAAAUUCUUCAAAAUGUUUGAUCCCCAAAACUGCAGAAUAGAUUUAAUCUUUGUUAUACAAAAAUGGCAUGAGAUAACAUUCUCAGGUAGCAAUGUUAGAAAUAUGAAAACUACUGAAGAUUCUAUUGAUAUGACCAAAAGUUGUUUUACAUUCUUAUUUAUUCAUAAAACGAUUAUUAAACAUCUUGUAUACAGAACCAAGAAACAUGUAAACAAAAACCGUCUUGGAUGCCCGAUGAUGUACAUCUUUUAGAAGUAUUAUGCCUUAUAACUCAUUAAGACACAUGGUGGUCAAAACCCGUCUAUGUAUUUGUUGUUUUUUUUAAUGUUAUUUUGUGUGCUCAAGCAUUUAAAAUGCUGUUUGUGUUUUAAAGUCAACAUACCCUGAACAAACCAGCGAAUCCACCAUCUGUCAUAUGUAUUGCCAAUCUCUCAAUAAAUACUAGAAGUACUUUUUGAAAUUAAACUAAUGUUCAGAUGAAGAUGUUUAAAUAACAUAUCAAAAGGCCAAAAAUAUGGGAUAAAGCAAAGAUAUAAUUUUAUUCAUUUUACUAUUACAAUCAAUUUUAUCAAAAGUAGCAAAAGUACCACACAUACAAAAAUUACUUUUAGAAAGCAAGUGGUAUCAUUUUUGCUGGGAAACAAGAGGGUUGGACACCUUGAUUUCUUAAAAGAAAAUAGGAUGGAUGCAACAAAAAUAUUAAUGCCUGUUUUCGAUAGAGCACGACAGCGACAUUGUGUUUUGUUGUUUCAUUCUUUCCCUCUUAGCGUUUUUCAAAGUUUGUAAAAUUUCGUGUAUUUUUAUGACUUUUCAAAAAUGGGUUGAAGUCUUAAAACGAGUAAAUUUAUAAGAUGGCAUAGUGAUUUUGUAUAAAGUUUGAAAAAGUUUUCCACACAUAUUACUCCGAAAGUACGAGAAAAAUUAUUUGAUAGAUUUUAAGAUACUCAUCAUAAUGUCAAAAUAACAAAUGGCGGACUGGCUGUUUUGUUCAGUAUAUUGUGGUGUAUGUCUGUGUUAAUCACGUCAACUCACAUGCUGUGUGUUUGUUUUGUCUGUUUGUAAGUAUAAUACAGUCAACAUUUUGUGAUAUCUUUCGUGUCUAUUAUGUGAAGAAGUAUACAGUGUAGUUAAGUUGAAAUUGUACAAGUGUAAUUGUAUUUGGUAUGUUAUGUGAAAUACAGUCGGCAUUUUGAAUCAA